AUGAACAAGAGUUCUGAGAAUCAGAGCACCAACGCUCGAACCAUUUCCGAUAUAAGGCCCCUUACGAGGAUAUCUUCGUCUUCGUCGUCAUCAGUGGAUCCAAUGGACUUGCGGCAGAUUCGAGACGCGAAACUCCGCAGCUCGUCUAUGGAAAGUUCAACGUCGUCACUGGGAUCGCUUGCUACGGAACUUCAGCCUCAGCAGACUCCUCCGCCGGCACUGCAACAACAGCAGCAACAACAAUCGGUGAAUGGGUUUCGAUCCAGACUGGACAGCGUGCCGAAUCUAGCACAGCCGCAACCGCAAAACUCCCCCUCCACAUCAUCUUUCAAACGCGGAGGGUCAGUCAAGAAAUUCAACCGUAGCCAUUUCAGUCUCAGCACGGCGUCCUCGAACGAUGCAGCCACGCAACACAGCUCAAGUGGCUCUCCGCGAGAUCUGUUUGCACGAGAGCCCAAGAUCCACUCCAAGUUAUACUGCGAGGACGUCGUUGCUAGUGCACGAACAGCCAAGGACGUCUUAUCGAGGUUAUCCACGGACGAAUUGAGAUCAGUGCGCACCCACACGGAGUUGGCGGAGACCGCUAACGGGGUGCGCAUGCUCGCCAAGAACUUGUCGCGAGCUACUAUUCAAUUGGACGUGAAAGCAAUCAUGAUUGUCACCAAGGCAAGAGACAAUGCCUUGGUUUACUUGACGCGAGAAGUGGUCGAGUGGUUGUUUAGCAAGCACCCGGAAAUGAUUAUCUACGUGGAUGAGAAACUCGUGGGGCUGAAACGGUUCAAUAAAGAAGCGAUAAUUAAAGAAUACUCCGUCGCAAAGGAGAGGUUGAGAUAUUGGAAUAAAGAAUUGGCAUUGAGAUCACCCGAGUUGUUUGAUUUGGUGGUGACUCUUGGCGGCGAUGGCACUGUUUUAUUCGUGAGCAACUUGUUUCAGAGGAUUGUGCCACCGGUGCUCAGUUUUGCCUUGGGAAGCUUGGGGUUUUUGACAAAUUUCAAAUUUGAUGAUUUCAAGGAGAGGUUGACCCAUUGUAUACAUUCUGGUGUCAGGGCAAACUUGCGGAUGCGAUUCACUUGCCGUGUGCAUAGUGCCGAUGGCAGACUUAUAUGUGAACAACAAGUAUUGAAUGAAGUGGUGGUUGACCGUGGGCCCUCGCCAUUUGUCACGCAAUUGGAGCUUUACGGCGAUGGCAAUUUGCUCACCAUAGCUCAAGCAGAUGGCCUAAUCAUUGCAACACCAACGGGCUCAACGGCAUACUCGUUAUCUGCCGGCGGAUCACUUGUGCAUCCGGGAGUCAGUGCAAUCAGCGUGACGCCCAUCUGUCCGCACACCCUAUCAUUCCGACCCAUCUUGCUACCCGACGGAAUGUUCAUCAAGAUCAAGGUUCCUUCGAGUAGCCGCUCGCAUGCCUGGAGCUCGUUUGACGGCCGGGUGCGCACUGAGCUUUCGCGGGGCUACUAUGUCACCGUGCAAGCGUCGCCGUUCCCCUUUCCCACCGUGAUCUCGUCCAAGACAGAGUACAUUGACUCUGUGAGCCGCAAUCUCCACUGGAACAUACGCGAGCAGCAGAAGCCCUUUGGCUCGUGUCUCAAGCCCGAAACACGCCAGAUGAUGGCCAACGACGCUGGUGUCCACGAAGACCCCCUCCACCACGAAGAAAUCGCCGACGAUGGCAACGAGGAUUUCGACAUCAACUACGACGACCACGAAGUCAUCAGGGAAAAGCGAAGCAGCUCGUCGUCGGCGCACGCAAGCCAGGACGUGAGCGAAACCACUAGCGAAGACUUCAUUUACGUUCCCGCGCCAGGCGGCGGCACCUCGACCCCGCUGAGUUACUCCAACGUUGAAGAAAGAGAAUGUUUUGCCCACCCGCAUGCCAGAGUGCACUUGAAUGGCGACAGGAAUUAA